CUGCUGCUGGGCGAGGAGGCCGGGCUGAACCCUCCUCGCCCACCAGUUGCGCGCGGGAAACGCAAACAUGCCGACCAGUUGUUGUGCGCUGAAUUGUACUAACCGGAAGGAUAAAGGCAGUAGAAAGAAGUUUUUUAGAAUCCCUGCGGAACCAGGACGAAGGGCUGCAUGGCUUAGAGCCUUAAAAAGGUCAGAUUUUGAGCAGGGAAAGAAAAACCCGACCGCGGCGUGGACACCACGAGGCCACGAGAGAGUGUGCAGCGACCAUUUCAUCUCAGGGAACCCUUCUAAAGACCCUGCAGAUCCAGAUUACGUCCCAAGCUUGUUUAACCUCCCAACCUCAGCAAGUUGCAAUCGUUCAAGAAACCCAGUUGCCAAGAAAGAUCGGUAGGUAACAUUGGGGUUUUCAAUGUUUCUUUAUUGAAAUUUGAU